AUGUCCAUUGUCAAGAACUUAUUCAAGACCAAAGAGGAAGUCGUGUCAGAUGGUGUUUCUGUGAUUGAUGACACACAGGCUCAAGACAAACCUUAUAUUGAUAUAUCAAUCCACAUCACACCAGAAGAAGCAAAACGUCGUUCAACAUGGUGGUAUAAAACUUCUGUUUUUUUAUGGGAUUCAGCUGAUAAACAUCCUCAUGAAAGAAGUUUCCUUUUCAAAUUAGAUUUCUUCUUGUUAUCAUCUGCAAUGUUGGGUUAUUUCAUCAAGACUUUAAAUCAAACAAAUGUUUCUACAGCUUAUGUUAAUGGGAUGAAAGAAUACUAUAAUAUGUCUGGUAAUGAUUAUAACUUAUUAAAUACUUUGUGGACUGUGGGGUAUAUUGUUGGUCAAGUUCCAUCAAAUUUAAUUUUACAUAGAAUCAGUGCCAGAUAUUAUUUAGCGGGAUUAGAAAUUUUGUGGGCUUUUUUAACUGUUUUAAUGAUUUUACCAAAAUCAAUGAGUGGUCUUUAUGCUAUUAGAUUUUUAAUUGGCUUAACAGAAGCAGGUUAUUUCCCAGGUUUAGAAUAUUUGAUUGGCUCAUGGUAUUCAUCAGUGGAAAUUAAUAAAAGAUCAACAUUAUUCAAUGCGGCCGGUACAGCAGCUGGUUUAGUUUCAGGUCCAUUACAACAACGUAUUUUACAAGCAACAUUCACACAUACCUCGAAAUGGAAACCAUUCCAAUGGAUGUUUAUCUUUGAUGCUAUAAUUUCAGCUCCAAUCGGAUUUUAUACAUUAUUUGCAGAUCCAAAUACUCCAUCAACAACAAACGCAUGGUAUUUCAGUAAAAGAGAUAAAUUAGUCGCACUAGAAAGAAGAAGACGUAUUGGUGCUCAAUUAAAUACAAGAGAACCUUAUUCAUGGCCUAAGAUCAAAUCUUUUUUCAAUACUUGGCAUAUUUGGGUCUUCCCAGUUUUGUUUUGUACUUAUAGAUUAACAAACGUUGCUUCAUUAUCAAGUAGUGGGUUUACAUUAUGGAUGAAGAAAGAUUUAGGUUUAUCAUCUUAUGAAUAUAAUAUUUAUCCAACUGGUAUAAAUGGUGGUGGUAUUGGUUACUCGAUUGUGUGUGCUUAUGUUAAUGAUUAUUUCCAAAAUAAUCUUACCCAAUAUUUCUUAGGAUUUAUGUAUAUUUCAGGUAUUGUUUCAUAUGCAGGAUUAACACAAUGGAAUAUUAACAGAGGAUUUAAAUGGUUUUGUUUCUUUUUCUAUGCCAUUACUUCAUCAUCAGGUCAAUCAAUGAUUUUUUCAUGGGUUAAUAAAAACAUGGCACAUGAUGAUAUGAAGAGAAAUUUCCUUGUUGUUAUAACAAAUAUGAUUAGUUAUAUCUUUACAGCUUGGAUUUCAUUAGCUGUUUUCAAUCAAGAUCAAGCACCAAGAUUUAAGAAAGGUUAUGCUUUCACAACUGCAAUUUCUGCUUUAGGUUUAGUAUUAACUGUUUUAACUUAUAUUUUAAUCAAGAGAGAUGAUAAAAAAUAUUUGAAAGAAAAUGGUCAUGCUAGAGAUACUACUGAAGGUGGUGCUGAAUUUGUAUCUACAGAUGAUGAGGAAAGCGUUGAAAAACAACAUACUUAG